AAUCAAAUCUCUUGGAUACGUCGACGCGACUGGCAUAUCCUUUCGUCCGGUGCGCAGCUCUACACCAACGACGAACGCUUUGCGAUACUGCAUGCGCCUGGCUCCAACAUGUGGACAUUGCAGAUAAAAUUUGUGCAACGGCGGGAUCAUGGCAUGUACGAGUGUCAGGUAUCCACGCCGACAGGCAUCAUUUCACAUUUUGUGAAUCUGCAAGUAGUCGUACCCGAGGCAUUUAUACUGGGCUCCGGUGAGCUGCAUGUCGACAUGGGAUCUACAAUAAAUCUCGUCUGCAUAAUUGAAAAGAGUCCAACUCCACCACAAUACGUAUAUUGGCAGAAAAACGAUCGCCUUAUAAACUAUUACGAUUCGAGGCGUGACAUUUCAAUUGAAACUACACCUGGACCGCGAACACAAAGUCGUCUCAUCAUACGGGAGCCGCAAAUUUCUGAUUCGGGCAAUUAUACGUGUUCGGCCAGUAAUACAGAGCCAGCGAGCAUUUACGUUUUCGUGUCGAAAGGUGAUAAUAUGGCGGCUAUAUCACGAAAAACUUCCUCGGCCGAUCGGAUUGCAGCGAUAUUUAAAUAUCUCUUGGCCCCGUGUGUGCUGGUGAAUACGCUGGGUAUAAG